CUUCUUCCGUGUUCUUACCUUGGCUUCAUUCUCAACAACCUCCCCACAUUUUUUUACUUUCUUAUUAAAAGUUAGUUGGGAAUUGGGAUAAACACUCAAUUGUCACAUUUUUCUUUAUACCAUUAAUUAUUAUUACAACAUCAUCAUCUUCCUUCAUUAAUAUUUUAGUAUUAGUAUAUUACUGUUUUCAAAACAUAUUGACACUUUUUGAGAGACCAAAAAAUCAUGAAGGCUGCGAUUAGCAACAACGUUAAUUACAAGAAGCAAUUCUCUGUGGUGUUUAUAAAGUUUGCUGUCUGUUUUCUGUUGAUGGGUUUUGCUUAUCGUUUAUUCUUGUCCAGCUUUCUACAAUUUUCCACUGUUGAGGUUUCUGACACUGCUUUUGUUUCCAACAAGACAUCCAGUGAUCUUACAAUGAACAGAAGUACUUCACAAAAUGGAAAAUGCGAUUUAUUUAAAGGAGAUUGGGUUCAAGAUCCGACAGGUCCAUUUUACACUAAUCACACUUGCUAUUCAAUUGAAGCUCACCAAAAUUGUAUGAGAAAUGGGAGGCCUGAUACUGGCUAUCUUUACUGGAGAUGGAAACCCAACCAUUGUGAGCUACCUAAAUUCAAUGCCAAGAAGUUCCUUCAUAUGAUGCGGGGAAAAUCGUUAGCUUUUGUUGGUGAUUCAAUUAUGCGCAAUCAUGUACAGUCAUUGCUUUGCAUUCUUUCUCAGGAGGAACAAGGUGAUGAGGUCUACCAUGACAAGCAAUACAAAAGCAGAAGAUGGUAUUUUCCAACUCAUGACUUAACUCUUUCAGUAGUUUGGUCACCUUUUCUUGUAAAAGCCACUAUUUUCGAAGAUAACAAUGGAGUUUCAACCGAUACAGCCCAGCUUCACCUUGACAAACUCGAUGAUGUUUGGACUCGACAAUUUGACAAUUUCAAUUAUGUAGUUAUUGCUGGAGGGAAAUGGUACCUGAAAUCUGCAGUUUACUACGAGAACAACAAGAUUGUUGGGUGCCACAAUUGCCCUGGUAAGAACAUAACAGAAGUUGGAUUUGAGUAUGCAUAUCGCAAAGCACUGAAUUCGACUCUGAAAUACAUCACCAGCUCGAAGCACAAGGUGUAUACUUUCCUUAGAACCACGACACCGGAUCACUUUGAGAACGGUGAAUGGAACACCGGAGGUUAUUGUAAUAGAACAGAUCCUUUGAAAGAAGGCGAGAUUGACCUUAGAGACAUCGAUGUGGUAAUGCGUAAAAUUGAGUUGGAAGAAUUUGAGAGAGCUUUGAGAAUAGGUUCUGAAGUUGGGUUGAGAAUAAGGUUGUUUGACACCACUUUCCUUUCGUUGCUUCGGCCAGACGGUCACCCAGGAGUCUACAGGCAAUUCCAGCCAUUUGCAGGAGACAAUAGACACUCAAAAGUUCAAAAUGAUUGUCUACAUUGGUGCUUGCCUGGUCCAAUAGAUUCUUGGAAUGAUUUAAUGAUGGAAAUUUUGGUCAGCAGUUGAAAUGGGAAUUGCAUUUUUUUUUUCCCUCGGAGAACUGUUUUCAUCUGCAAUAUUUUUACAAGCACAGGAAAAAGAAUCUGAGAUGGCCUUUAAUCAUUUUUUUUCUACAGGCAAAUAUUGACGGCCACAUAGCUGCACAUAAAUCAGAGUCGGCUCAAUAAAUAUAUCUCCAAUUCAUGUAUAAUAUACCCCUUCUCUUUGAGAUUCUUUGAUAUAAAUUGUAAAGUACGAGAUUCCCUUUA